AUGUUGCUUUACAAAUUACUUCUAGUCAGCAUAGCCUGUCUUUUCAAUGUGGUAUCAGCUGUCCAUUACAUUAAAUCGAGUUCACUUUUGACUUGUAUGGAUAAUUCACAAUUUACAGCAUCAUAUUUCGAUAUUGUAUUUUACCCGGGAAACAGAACAAUCUAUUUUGAUAUCAAUGCCAUCUCAUCGAUUGAUGCAAAAGUUGGUGCUAAUAUCAAUGUCAUUGUUUAUGGUUUAAAUGUAUUGCAAAAAAAUAUAUCUCUUUGUGAUAUUGAUUAUACAUCAAGUGGUUCAGGCUCCGACCCUCUUUGUCCUUUGACUUCAGGUCACUUGAAUCUCGAUUCACAUUAUCAGUUAGGAUCGUCAAUUACCAGCCAAAUUCCAGGCAUUGCUUAUACAAUCCCUGAUGUCGAUGCUAGAGUCAAAGUGGUGAUUUACGAUUUAGACUCUUAUGAACAAUUAGCAUGUGUUGAGGCAACUUUAUCCAAUGGUAAAUCUGUACAAACAAAGUAUGCUGGAUGGCCAAUUGCCGCAAUUUCUGGUUUGGGUGUUAUAACUUCUGGUGUUAUAUCGGUUAUUGGACAUUCAAGUACUGCGGCACACGUUGCUUCUAACUCGAUGUCGCUUUUCGUUUAUUUCCAAUCGUUGGCAAUUAUGGCAAUGAUGGCUGUGGCUAGAGUUCCACCAAUUGCUGCGGCUUGGGCCCAGAAUUUUAUGUGGUCAGUUGGUCUUAUAAAGAUUGGAUUUGUUCAAGAUAUUUCCAAUUGGUAUAUUCAAGCCACUGGCGGUACACCAACUGAUAUUUUAGGGGCAUCGUAUAUCUCUAUAUCGGUACAAAGAUUUGCUAAAAGAGCUAUGGAAUGGUAUGAAGGAAUGAACUCGUACGACGUUGGCGCGUUAUCAAAUUCAAAAUUAGCUAAAAGGGCCAAUAUUAUCUUAGAUUCUGACAGUUUUGGCACUGCUGACAGUUUGGAUCCAGAUUUAUAUUCCACCAAUGAAAAAGCCAGUGAUUUAUCAGGAAAGAUUUUGGUUUUACGUGGAAUACAACGGGUGGCUUAUUUGGCCAGUAUUGAAAUCACUGAUGUAUUCUUGACGGGUAUCUGUUUCCUAUUAUUUUUUGCCUUUGUUAUGGUGGUUUGUCUUAUGUUAUUUAAAGCCGUUAUUGAGAUCUUGACCAGAAGUAAAGCCAUGCAGGCUGAGAAAUUUAAUGAAUAUCGUCAACAUUGGGGAGGUAUUAUAAAAGGAUCACUUUAUCGUUUAUUGAUUAUUGCCCUUCCUCAAGUUUCAGUAUUGUGUAUUUGGGAAUUAACAACAAGGGAUUCGGCAGGUGCUGUUGUUGUUGCUAUUUUCUUGCUAGUCAUUACCCUAGUUUUGUUGAUCCAAGCGGCAACGAGAGUAUUUCUUAUGGGAAGAAAUUCGGUGAGAAAUUUUAAAAAUCCAGCCUAUUUGUUAUUUGGAGACCUCAAAUUUCUCAACAAAUUUGGAUUCUUGUAUGUUCAAUUUAGAGCUGAUUGUUUUUGGUUCAUUUGGGUGUCAAUAUUUUACAUUUUCAUUAAAUCAUUAUUGGUGGCAGUAUUGCAACAUCAUGGUAAACCACAAUCGGUUAUCAUAUGGGUUAUUGAAUUGCUUCAUAUGGUUGUUCUUUGUUGGAUUCGGCCAUUUAUGGACAAGAGAACCAAUGCAUUCAACAUCACCAUUUCUGUGAUCAAUUUCAUCAAUGCAUUAUUCUUUAUGUUCUUUUCGAGUGUUUUUGGCCAACCAAACGUGGUGUCAUCAGUUAUGGCUGUGGUUUACUUUGUGCUUAAUGCAGUAUUUGCUUUGUUUUUGUUAAUUUUCACCAUAGUCACUUGUUUGUUGGCAAUAUUUAGGAAGAACCCUGAUGCUAGAUAUCAGCCAAUGCGUGAUGAUCGUGUUUCAUUCUUGCCUAAAGCCGGUGGUAAAAAAGGUGCUGCGGCCGGAGAUGAUGAUGAUAUGGAAUUGAUGGCAUUAGGAGCAACAGCAAUGAAGGGGCAUGAGCAUGGUAAACGUGAUCCAUUGGCUUAUGAUGAUGAUUCCUAUGAUGAAGAUUCAGUGUAUCCAAAUAAUAGAAACAUGAGUGGUCCUGGAUUAGAAUCAAGUACGGGGUCUGGAUCAAACGAAUAUAAUUCAUCAAAACGAGAUUCAAUAAGUUUUAUGGAGCCAACGCAACCGGGUUCAACAAUUGUAGGCAAUCCAUAUAAUGCAUUGCCGACAAAUCAUUCCAAUAGUAGUGGUAAUGGUUUCAGUUAUGGACAAACAGGAGUGUAUCAAGGCAGCUCAUCAAGUCCACAAAAUCCCUAUUUCCAAAAUACUGCUUAUAGCAACAACCAAUAUUAUCAACAACGAAACCCUAGUGGAAGUCGAACAGCUUUUAGGUAA